ACUGUCAUUCAUAUAUUCAAUCACUCAACCCCUUUCUCUCUCCAACACCACCAUGCCCACUUUCUCUCUCUAACCACUGCUUCCUCCUGUUCAAUCAGUCCUCCAUUUCACAAACAUUACCGACAAAACAUUCACACAUUUGUCGAUAAAACUGUUGUACCCAUAAACCUAUUACACCUGUACCUUGCAGGAUUUGAACCCAUAAUGAUUACCGGUCAUGACUUCUACACCGUCAUGGCGGCCAUGGUGCCGUUAUACGUCGCCAUGAUCCUAGCGUACGGCAGCGUACGCUGGUGGAAAAUCUUUUCACCCGACCAGUGUUCGGGUAUCAACCGUUUCGUCGCUAUAUUCGCCGUUCCGCUCCUUUCCUUCCAUUUCAUCUCGUUGAACAAUCCGUACGAGAUGAAUUUUCGGUUUAUCGCUGCGGAUACAUUACAGAAGAUUAUUAUGCUUGUGGUGCUUGCGAUUUGGGCGAAUUUUACGAAAAAUGGGAGUCUUGAAUGGAUGAUUACGAUUUUUUCGGUUUCGACUUUACCUAACACUUUGGUUAUGGGUAUUCCGUUGCUAAUUGCUAUGUAUGGGGAGUAUUCUGGGUCCUUGAUGGUUCAAGUGGUGGUUCUGCAGUGUAUUAUUUGGUAUACUUUGCUGCUUUUUUUGUUCGAGUAUCGCGGUGCGAAAAUUCUGAUCAUGGAACAGUUCCCGGAAACCGCCGCUUCGAUCGUGUCGUUUAAGGUGGAAUCUGACGUUGUGUCGCUUGACGGACAUGAUUUUUUGGAAACGGACGCGGAGAUUGGAGAUGAUGGGAAGCUUCAUGUAACGGUGAGGAAGUCUAACGUUUCGAGACGUUCGGUCGGGCUCACCGGAAUGACUCCGCGCCCGUCGAAUUUAACGGGUGCGGAGAUCUACAGCUUGAGCUCGUCGAGAAACCAAACUCCAAGAGGGUCGAAUUUUAACCACUCGGAUUUUUACUCGAUGAUGGGGUUUCCAGGUGGGCGUUUAUCGAAUUUUGGUCCAGCGGAUAUGUAUUCGGUUCAGUCGUCGAGAGGUCCGACGCCCCGUCCGUCGAAUUUCGAAGAGAGUACGGCUCCGGGCCCGUUAAAUUCUCCGAAAUUCGGGGCGUACCCGGCUCCGAACCCGGAGAUUACAUCCAUGGGUACAAAAGGAGUUAAAGGCUUGCAGCCGACAAAUACGACGGCUCAGCUAAACGGCUCACAAACCAAAGCGAAGAAUGACGACAAAGAACUCCACAUGUUUGUCUGGAGCUCUAGUGCUUCACCGGUUUCCGAAGGUGGUGGGCUCCACGUGUUUGGCAGUACUGAACUCGGAGCGACAAAUGAAAAUUCGGGUCGACCUGAACACGACGACGCUAAAGAAAUCCGGAUGGUGGUUUCUUCAGAUCAACCGGAUACAAAAGUGGCCGGAGAAUUGAAGCGUGACGAGUUUAGUUUUGUUGGCGGUAAAGAUGGAGAUCAAGAGAGGGAGAAGGAUAUAAAACUAGGUUCGAGCUCGACGGCGGCGCUCAAUCCUAAGGAGGUUGAAGGGAAUGUCGGAAAGAUGAUGCCACCGGCGAGUGUUAUGACCCGUUUGAUUUUGAUUAUGGUGUGGCGGAAACUUAUCCGGAACCCGAACACAUACUCGAGCCUUAUUGGUCUAGUAUGGGCUCUUGUUUCAUUCAGGUGGGAUGUGGCGAUGCCAAAAAUAAUAAAAAAUUCAAUAUCAAUACUCUCGGAUGCUGGUCUUGGGAUGGCUAUGUUUAGCUUAGGAUUGUUUAUGGCACUUCAACCAAAAAUAAUAGCGUGUGGAAAUUCCGUUGCUAUUUUUUCGAUGGCUGUAAGAUUCUUAACUGGACCAGCUGUGAUGGCAGCCGCUUCCAUCAUCGUUGGUCUCCGAGGAACACUCCUGCGUGUUGCCAUUGUACAGGCUGCACUUCCACAAGGAAUCGUCCCAUUUGUCUUUGCCAAAGAAUACAAUGUUCAUCCAACAAUUCUUAGCACCGGGGUGAUAUUUGGAAUGUUGAUUGCAUUGCCAAUAACUCUACUCUAUUACAUUCUUCUUGGUUUGUAAGGCAUGGGAUUAAGGUACAAAACAUGGGGAAGAGAGAGAAAUCUUCAAGAUCAAAUGUCUUUUGUUUGAUUUGUUUAAGGAAACAUUUUAGUUGUUUGACCCAUGAAAAUUUUGACUUGAUAUCCGGAUCUUGCUCCCCCAAAAGUACAACCCGAAAAUUAGGUGCUAUAGUUCCAAGAAAGCAAUCAAAGAGAUGAAUGGCCUUUGAAGAUGAAAACAAGGAAAGAUGACAAAUUUGAUGGACUAAAAGAUUAUCUUUGAUGUAUAUUGGCUUUUUAGUGUUGUAAUAUAAGCACUAUUAUUGUUUGUUUUAUUUAAUGUAAUUACUUUAGAAUUAUUAUUAUGAUUAAAAGACUGUACCAUGAUAUGUUUAUAGGAAUCUAGUUGUCUUUGUGAUUUCA